AUCGAAUGAUUGGUGGUAAUAAUUCAUACGACUGUCGAACCGCGAACCCUUCAGGCUAGAAAAUCAAACGAGCAUCUUAUCUUGGAAGUUGCUCUGAUGGCUUCCUCUCCGAAUCCUAGUCCUAGUACACUAAAUAAUACAGAGGAUGGAGAAGAAAAUAGUGGCGAUGAAGACGAGACUGAUGAAAUGCUCGAUCCUCGCGUGAAGGUCGAGCUAGAGAGGCUGAAUUCAGCUACCACGAACAUUAAUGAAUUGGAGCAAGAACUAGAGGAAAUGCAUACUAUCUUUAGACAAACGUUGAGUGAGUCAGCCUUUGUGCUGAAGACUCAAGCAAAUAUGCUUGGCAAGUGUGUGAGGCAGUCAAGACCUUAUUAUGAAGAACUAGAGAUAGCAAAACAGAUUCAAGUGGAAACUCAAAAGGCAGCUCUUAAGUAUGAAAGAGCCUGUAGCCAGCACCAAGCUGCCAAGCAUAUGGUUGGUAGAGCAGAACAAAAACUUGCAUCAACAUCAACAGAGCACAAGAGCCUUGAUCCUGCUUGGCAGGAUAUGCUCAACAAGGCCAUUAAAAAAGUCAUGGAUUCAGAGCUUAAAAAACAGAAAAGUGAACAAGAACACCUAGAAGUGGCACACAAACUAACCUUAGCUAAUAAGACUGUUUCAAACCUUAAAACUAAACUCAAGUCAGCCAUCAACAAAUCAAAGAUUUAUUUCGAUUUAAGAGACAAGUACAUGGAAGUCCUUGAGGAACACAAGCAACAUAUAAUUUCUUUGAAAAACCAACUAAGAGACUCAAAACAAAGUUACUCGAGCUCGUUGAGGAAGCUCGAAGGUAUUAGUGAUGAGAUUCACGAAAUGCGACGGAGUCAAAGUCAGUUGGAGAUGUGUCUUUCUCCAAGGCAAGAUGGCGUCGGGGCUGAGGAUCCGCCAUCGUCUACAUCCGACAGUGCUUUUGAAGAUUGUUCUGAUAUUAACGAAAUGAAGCGAAAACUAGAAGCAAUAGAUGGGAGUAUUGAUGAGACGUUAGAGGAAGAAAAGGUUGAAACGACGCCUUCAGAGUAGUAAAAAAA